AUGGAUGAAGGCACAGUUUCCAACGACUCUAUUCCAGAUUUAAAAGAUUUGGAGGUGAAAAUCGGACGGAAGACACCGGAGGGUUUGCUAAAGUGGAUGCGAGAAGAGGCGUCAACGCAACGCGGAGAUGCCAAGUUGAACUCGCUGGAGACCAAAGACGGAGACAUCACAGAGAGGAAGAGCCUAGAUGAGAAGAUUCGAAAAUUAAAAGUCGAUAUGGCCCACCUGCGCUCGGUGGAUGUGAAGAUCCUGCAGCAGCUGCUGGCGGUGCACGAGGGGAUCGAGGCAUGUAAGUGGCUCCUGGAGGAGCGCGGCACCCUGGCCAGCCGCUGCAGCAGCCUGACCAGCAGCCAGUACAGCCUGGGAGAGGGCCCUGGAGGAGACACCUCCUGGAGAGACAGCUGGAGCAGCCUGCAGGACCCCCUCAACGACAAGCUAGAUAACAUCUCUAUAGGUAGCUAUCUGGACACCCUGGCGGACGACAUGGAUGAGUACUGCCCCUCUAGUUCUGAGUAUGCGCUGUGUUCUACUCCACUGGGGACUGAGAUGCCCACUCAGACUGGCGGAGGGACAGGUGCUGGGGUAGGGGCGGGGAGAGGUGCUGGAGCAGGGGCAGUGUCUGGGGCAGGGGUUUUGGCUGGGACAGGAGGGGCAGGAGCUGAGUUAGGACCAGGCACAGGGGGCAAGGUAGUUGUUGGGCCUGGGGCUCCCCAAGUCAAGCCAGAGAUCCCCAAAGAGGAGCCUCCCAUUUGGACUAAGGACAAAAAUGUAGUGAAAGGAACCACCAUCACCAAGGACACCAAGGACUCCAACCAAACGCAGCAGCCCAGUAAGAGCAAUGGCGUCCUGGAGAAGGCAGUCAGGCAAGCAGGAGGACUUGCUGACUCGGCCCGGGCCUGCCUGGCUGAGAAGCUGGGGAAAAACCAGAGCCCCAAACUCAAACCCUAUAAGAACGGCAAGAUAGACCUGGAUGGCUGCAAGAUGAACGGCACGAUGCACCUGGAGUAUGACGCCCACUGGCGAUGGGUGCAGUCGCAGGAUGAUGUUACAUUUCUGUGAGGUGGAUGAAUUACGCCACCAAAGACGCUUAGCCCGCUCCCAUGUGAUGACCAAACAGGUCAAAGGUUAAGAGAGAGGGGGCCUUGGACUGGUGUUGUGGUUGAUUGCAGUUAUUAUUCAAACUUCUACCAUUGCCGUUGUGCAAGACAUCAGGUGUGGAUGAGUAGGAGAACACAACAUCAUUACAUUGUUCUAUUCACUCUAAAUGUGACUGCACUAACUUUCUAGAACAUUGACAGUAUUAUAUUGGGGAUAAAGUUGAUAUUUUUGUUUACCUUCUCUUCCUG